AUAGCAAAAUUAAUAAUCAUUAGCACAAAACUCAAAAAGGGACAUGAAGGUCAUAAUUCAAAUUCUUGAGGGUGUUCUGAGUUUCUUACCUAUAAAAAUACCUGUCUACUAGUAUUACUACCACCUUCACCUGUUCUUUCUUUCAAAGCACAAAACUUUGGUCAUCAAUGGCAGAGCUAGAGAGCCCAAAUGCGAUGUCCAAAUUGAUUACAUUCCUCUCUUCUCAGCUCCAAAGACUAGCGGAAUCGAACGAUCUCAACCGUAAAUUCCAGCCCCAGAAAAUCUCAGUCUUCCAUGGCCUAACUAGGCCAUCCAUAUCAAUCCAGACCUACCUUGACAGAAUCUUAAAGUACGCAAAUUGCAGUCCUUCUUGCUUCAUUGUUGCCUAUGUUUACCUUGAUCGGUUCGCUCAGAGUCAACCCUAUCUGCCCAUCAACUCUUUCAAUGUUCAUCGAUUGCUCAUCACAAGUGUCAUGGUUGCUGCCAAAUUCAUGGAUGAUAUGUAUUAUAAUAAUGCCUACUAUGCAAAAGUUGGAGGAAUCAGCACAACAGAGAUGAACUAUCUUGAACUAGAUUUCUUGUUUGGGCUAGGCUUCAACUUAAAUAUUACUCCAAACACAUUCUACAUCUACUGUUCCUACCUCCAAAAAGAGAUGGUGAUGAUGCAACCUCCUGUCACUUCAGCUGGAGACUCUUCUCUAAUGAGAUCACCAAAACUACACUUGUGUUUCAAUGAAGAAGAAUCCUCCCAUCAAAAGCAGCAACAACAAGAAGUAACAGUUUAAUUUAGCAAAACUGCUAAAGAUCUCAAUGUUUUCUUUUAUUUUAAAUUAUCUCAAAUGUUGAGAUAAACGCACAUCAUUCAUGUAAAAUCAUGGUCUCCACAUGCCUCAUAUGAUUUAUAUGAACUUGUGUACAUCUAUCUCAGCAUUCGGGAGAGGUUGGGACAAAAAACAAACACUAGGUCCGUAAAACUGCUGUUAAUUUAGUUGGG